AUUUUCCGGGAUGCGCUGACGCUCGCUUCCUCAGUAAACGCGUCUCUUCUCCCGGUAAACGCGUGUUAACGGGGAUCUCCUCCAUCACACGACCCUCACUGCGGAGUCACGCCGUGUCUUUCACCUCAUCUUAUAUAACCGCGCUCGACAGGACGGGACAGAAGCAUCUGCGAACUCCAACUACAGCAGGUCGUGUUCUGCAAGCUUCUGGAGAGCAUUCAGAGAGACUGGAUCAUGGCGGACCCGGAGCUGUCGUCCCCAACGGAACGGUCCCUGCGCUCUCCGCGCUCAGCGCCGCUGUCGCUGUCGUUCCCGUUCCUGCGUGAGGGGAGCCACAUCUGGGACAGAGCCACGCCGCAGCCCGGGGAGUUACCGAGCCCUCUUCCCACCAAACGCACGCGCACCUACUCCGCGACUGUGCGUGCGAACGCGGGUCCCGUCUUCAAAGGUGUGUGUACAGCCUUCUCGCGCUCGCAGGGUCACGGCUUCAUCAGACCGGCUCUCGGCGGAGAGGACAUCUUCGUGCACAUCUCAGAUAUCGAAGGCGAGUAUGUUCCUAUGGAGGGGGACGAGGUCACGUACAAGGUCUGUGCCGUCCCGCCCAAGAACGUGAAGGUCCAGGCCGUGGAGGUGCUCCUCACGCACCUGAAGCCCGGGACCAAACACGAGACCUGGUCGGGCCAGAUCAUCAGCUCCUAGAGACGAAUAUUGUGAGAGCAGAGCAUCAUGGGAGCAAGGCUAUUGAAACUAACGGAGACGGGUUGCGGUACGGGAACGCUUAGAAACAGACUCCAAACGCAAGCGCACAAAUGCAAAUACACAACUCACAGGUUUCUGUCGCUCUCAGUGCCAAUUCACAGCACUUUUUCUGUUUAAGGCUCAAUAGCGUGGGUUUUUAAAGCGUUUUUGCCAAUGCUUGUGUUCUUGCGUAGCGUUUGUUUCUGGUUAAAUGAGACGUCUGAGACGGAGAGAGAUUGUGAGAUGAUGCUUGGACAUCCUCAAACUGAAAUGUGAACCGAGUUCGAAUCGAACACAUCGAUGCAGAUGCGCACGUCUACCCUUGUGACUGGUUUUGGCUGUUAUAUUUCUGUUUAUUUCCAGACAGCAACAUAGUGUCGGCCCAGAUCCGGCCCACAUUUGGUACACAGCAAAAACUCCAGUGUUAAAUUAACUGUCCUGGGACUUUAUUUGAGAUCACACUUAAGAGUUUUAAAAUAUGAGUGUCAAAUGAACCCUGAAGCAGUUAAAUUAAUGAGAUAAUUAAGCGAUUAAGUGAUGAGCAUUAUUGAAGACACCUGAUCACCAGAAAGUUGUCACCAUUAUGAUGAUCAGUGUUUGAUUUAGCUGGGCUCUUGACGCUUACAUUUUUAGCUUUAGAUUUAGUUUGGGCUGUUGUAACUGAGUCGAGAAGUCAGUGAUUUGGGCCGACGACACUAUGUUGCUGUCUAAGUGUAUGCAUUCAUUUUUAAUGUAGAGUUUAGGGGGGCAAACGCUUCAUUCUCAUUAAA